UUUGCCUCUCCAGUAUGGCGGCUCCGUUGACGUCUACGUCCAUGAUAUAAAUCUGUCCGGAACCCUCAGCGCUCUUGCUGCUGCUCUCUUCCGCUCGACCCGGAAACUCAUCAAUAUCUCUCCAGCGCUAGAAUGGUUCCUCCAGUCGCAGUGUCACCGCUUAUCAAGACGGCCAGAUGGUCCGCCUUGUUCCUUGGCAUGCUGUAUGGCAAGCAGCGGUUCGAAUACCUGGCGCCCAUCGCUGCGGAGGAGAGGAAGAUUGAGGAGGCGGAGAAGGCGACCAGAGAAGAGCAGGAGCGCAUCGCCAAAGCACUUGCCGAAGCAAGUACGGACACCAUCCUGAAGUGAAGUCCCCUUGCAGCUGUACAGUUAUGAUUCAACCAGAAUAAAGAUUUGCUCAACUAUUAA